UACUAGUUGGGAGACCUAUCGAAGUUCCGGCGCCAGGGAAGCCCUAGCAGUGCCAACUGCCAAAACUCCGCAGAGCCCUCAGCGAUCACCCAAGUUUUGCCCCCAAAAUCUCUGGAUUCACCCAAGUUGGAGCAUCAUACGCAGUGCACGAACAAUCCUACAAAGUUCACGGAGCAUCUGCAAUUCGUUGAAAGAAAGUAAAAAAAUAAUGCGUCAAUAGAUACAAUGGCAGCUAUGGCUGGCCAACCAGCGCACCAUCAACCAACUACGGUGGAGGAAGUUAGAACACUUUGGAUAGGGGAUUUGCAGUACUGGGUCGAUGAGUCUUACCUUAAUUCUUGCUUUGCUCACACUGGCGAGGUUAUGUCAAUUAAAAUCAUUCGCAAUAAGAUCACUGGACAGCCUGAGGGUUAUGGGUUUGUGGAGUUUGUAUCUCAUGCAGCAGCAGAAAGAAUUUUGCAGACGUACAAUGGUUCUCAGAUGCCCGGAACUGAGCAAACUUUCAGGUUGAAUUGGGCAUCUUUUGGAAUUGGAGAAAGGCGCCCUGACGCUGGCCCUGAGCACUCUAUUUUUGUUGGGGAUUUGGCUCCUGAUGUUACAGAUUAUCUGUUGCAGGAGACCUUUAGAGUGCAGUAUCCAUCUGUUAGGGGUGCUAAAGUUGUUACUGAUUCAAACACCGGACGUUCAAAGGGAUAUGGGUUUGUUAAAUUUGCUGAUGAAAAUGAAAGGAAUCGAGCUAUGUCAGAAAUGAAUGGUGUUUAUUGCUCAACUAGGCCUAUGCGUAUUAGUGCAGCAACACCCAAAAAGACCAUUGGUGUUCAGCAGCAAUAUAGUCUAGGUAAAGCAAUGUACCCAGUUCCUACCUACACUUCACCCGUGCCUGUGCUUCCUGCAGAUUAUGAUGCAAAUAACACAACUAUCUUUGUUGGUAACUUGGAUCCUAAUAUUACAGAGGAGGAGUUGAAGCAAACUUUUUUGCAGUUUGGUGAGAUUGUUUAUGCAAAAAUUCCUGCUGGGAAAGGCUGUGGUUUUGUACAGUUUGGUUCGAGACCUUCAGCUGAAGAAGCCAUCCAAAAGAUGCAAGGAAAGGUAAUCGGUCAGCAAGUGGUUCGUACUUCUUUGGGUAGAAAUCCGGCUAUCAAGCAGGACUUGGCUACUUGGGGUCAGCAAGUUGAUCCAAACCAGUGGAGCGCUUACUAUGGUGGCUAUGGUGGAGCUUAUGAUGCUUAUGGAUAUGGAGUCGUACAAGAUCCAUCUUUAUAUGCUUAUGGUGCAUAUUCGGGUUAUACCUCGUAUCCUCAACAGGUUGAUGGUGUACAAGAUUUGGCCGCUGUAGCUGGUGCUGUUCCUGCUGUGGAACAGGCAGAGGAAUGGAAUGAUACGCUGGACACACCAGAUGUUGAGUUUUUAAAUUAUGCAUACCUUUCCAAACAUGAAAGCGCCAUUUUAGGCUGGCCCUUAUGGUUGACCACCUCUUCACUGGUUAAGAAAACGUGAAGUUGAUGAAUCUUCUUGGUCGUGGUCUGCGAUCAUUAGGCUGUCGAUGCCUGACCAUACUCGGGUCAAUGAUACCAACAUCAUACUGUUGCCUGUGCCCUUCGGAGUACAGUGAGUUGGUUUAAUUUAAUAAUUUGUUCUCCUCUAUAGGAACGAGGUUGUCGGGGUUAGGCGCUUUAAUGCUCUAUAUAUAAUGAUGGAUCUGCUAUUUUGAAAUGGAGUUUUCAUACCAGGAGAACUUUUGGUGUGAUAUGUACCUUGUAUCUUGUUUCAUAUUCAUAUUGUUAACUGAUUUAUGUU